AUGCUGCUUGAAGUGCUGGAUGCGAUUUCAGCAAGGUAUAACUACGUACACCUGCCGCUUGACCACCGCACCAAUAAAAACAUGUCAAUGGCUUUCAUCAACUUUGAGGAUCGAGAGGCUGCGUGCACGGCCUUCCAACGUUUGUUGUGCCCAACCGAUUUUCCAGAUGCAUUCGCUCCGAGCACCAAAGUGCUCUGGGGUGAAAUCCAUGGUUUGGGGCCGAACUUGGCUCACUUCCUGGUACGUUACGGGGUUGCAGCACUGGAUCCUCCCUACGCACCGCUGGUCUUCAUCAACCGACGAUGUGUCCCUCAAACGAAGACAAUUUUGCGGUUGCUCGACUGCAACUUGGCAAGGACUUUCUAG